UGUCCCCGCGGUGCCCAGAACUGGCCCCGACAAGUCCCCGUGGCCGCUGGGGGGGCCCCUGCCUCCCCUGCGCUCGCCGGCGGCUCCCCGGAGUCCCCACCACGCCUGGCAGGACCAGGAUGCUGCCCCCGCGCCUGCCUCCCAGCCCCCCGCCACAGCCCCCCGCACCCGAAGGCCUAGCGUGACCCGAGAAGGCCGGAUGCCCGCUGACCUGGGGCCCGAGGCGGGCAGCGGCUGGCCGGGCCUCCUCAUGUCCUGCCUGAAGGGCCCCCAUGUCAUCCUCAAGAUGGAAGCCAUGAAGAUCGUGCACCCCGAGAAGUUGCCUGAGCGCCAGGCGGCUCCCCGCUUCCCACCCGUGCCCCGGCCCAGCCAGGCCCUGGCCCCCAAGCGGGCCUGGCCCUGUGAUACCGAGAUCAUCGUCAACCAGGCAUGCGGGGGGGAUGUGCCGGCCCUGGAGGGGGUCCCCCGCACCCCGCCCCUGCCCCACCGGCCCCGCCAAGGCAGCGGCGAGCCCGGCUUCCCCCGGGGGCCCCCCACGGACGAGGUCAUCGUGAACCAGUACGUGGGGGCCCCCUCGGGGCCCGGCCCGACGUCCUCCAGCGAGCCCCUGGAGUGCCCCACGUGCGGGCACACCUACAACGCCACGCAGAGGCGCCCGCGGGUGCUGUCCUGCCUGCACUCGGUGUGCGAGCAGUGUCUGCAGACGCUCUACGAGUCCUGCCCCAAGUACAAGUUCAUCUCCUGCCCCACCUGUCUCCGAGAGACGGUGCUCUUCACUGACUACGGCCUGGCUGCGCUGGCCGUCAACACCUCCCUCCUGAGCCGCCUGCCCCCCGAGGCGCUGGCCGCCCCGUCCGGAGGCCCAUGGGGGGGCGAGCCCGAGGGCAGCUGCUACCAGACCUUCCGGCAGUACUGUGGCGCGGCCUGCGCCUGCCACGCUCGGAACCCGCUCUCCGCCUGCUCCAUCAUGUAGUGCCACCCGUCGUGCCCCCCUGCCCACCAUCGCCGCUGCCGCUUCUGGCCCCCGCCCACCCGGCACUGUCGCUGCCGCCAGCUCUGCCAUUAAAACUCUUUGCCAAAGUUUGCA